UUGUUGAAAGUGGCGAAGCUUCUAGUGCGUGAAUUUUACUGAUCAUAAGCGCUAUAAAUUAGAGGCGAUGAAACCGACGAACCACUCACUAAGAAGGAAAUCCUGUGACAGAAGCCGCUUUCUGAAAUUUCUGAGAGAGAAGUUCAAUGGCCGCCUCUGCCCUAACGGAAGAUCGUCCCCCGGAAUUGAAUUCAGCUUCCGAGCCGCCACCUCUCUUCGAUGGAACCACUCGGCUAUAUAUCAAUUACCAGUGCCCAUUCGCUCAGCGUACGUGGAUCGUCAGGAACUAUAAGGGCUUACAGGAUGAGAUAAAAUUGGUUCCUAUAGACCUUCAAAAUCGACCUGCUUGGUACAAGGAGAAAGUGUACCAUGUGAAUAAGGUGCCGGCAUUGGAGCACAAUGGCAAAGUUAUUGGAGAGAGCCUGGACUUGGUUAAAUAUAUAGAUGCAAACUUUAAAGGACCAGCUCUCUUACCUGAUGAUCCUGCCAAGCAGAAGUUUGCUGAAGAGUUGCUAGACUACUCUGGCACAUUUUUGCAGAAUGUCUACGGAUCAUUCAAAAGUGAUCCCAUCAAAGCAGCUGGAGCUGAAUUUGAUUACCUGGAAACUGCCCUCAGCAAAUUUGACGAUGGGCCUUUCUUUCUUGGCCAAUUCAGUCAGGUAGAAGCUGUAUAUGCUCCAUUCGUUGAGAGGUUUCAGAUUUGGAUUCAAGCACAAUGGGGAUAUGAUAUUACAUCAGGCAGACCAAAACUAGCCACAUGGUUUCAGGAAAUAAACAAGAUUGAUGCUUACAAGCCCACCAAGUCCGAUCCUGACUAUCAAAUCCAAUUGUUCAAAAACCGAUUUCUGGCCUAAAGAUGAACGUGGAUUAUACUGCUGAAAUAAUGAAGGCUUAUUUUAAUAUAGUGUGAUUUCUGUAGGUUGCUUCUAUUGUUGUGUGUUCUGCUAUAUGUUGUGUUUCAUGAGCAACUUUGGUCUUAAUAAGUAGGCUCAAAUUCUGCAAUCUAGUUAUAUACUAUUCUCCAUCUAUUUAAUUCUAUUGCAUAUGUUUUUAAUAAUUUGAUUAUGGAAUGAACAAUAAUCUGUGUCAAGUUAGACUGAA